GCGUGAGCGCGCGAGGCACGGGGGUGGCGCGGGGCGGAGCCUACUCCGAGUGGGCGCUGUAGGUUUCAGCAGAGCGUCGCUGUGCUCUCCGGGCUGAGGUCGUCUCAGCAGCCAUGGCGAAAGGCAGAGUCGCCGAAAGAUCGCAGACGGGGGCACUCCACACGACCCCUGUGGGGGACAGGGCAGCGGGGACGCGCGGUCUCAUGACGCCAGGCAGCGGAGACUACUUGAAGGAAAAAGCCUGUGCAGAAGCUGGGUCAGCAAGAAUGUCACUUCUUAUAUUGGUGUCCAUUUUCUUAUCUGCAGCUUUUGUUAUGUUUUUGGUAUAUAAAAAUUUUCCUCAGCUUAGUGAAGAAGAAAGAGUGAAUAUGAAGGUUCCCAGAGAUAUGGAUGAUGCCAAGGCUCUAGGAAAAGUUUUAUCCAAAUAUAAGGACACCUUUUAUGUACAAGUACUUGUAGCUUAUUUUGCUACAUAUAUUUUCUUGCAAACAUUUGCUAUUCCAGGCUCUAUAUUUCUCAGUAUACUCUCAGGGUUUCUUUAUCCCUUUCCGCUAGCCUUAUUUCUUGUUUGUUUGUGUUCUGGACUCGGUGCCUCAUUCUGCUAUAUGCUCUCCUAUUUAGUUGGGAGGCCAGUUGUAUACAAAUACCUAACAGAGAAAGCAGUAAAAUGGUCACAACAGGUUGAGCGUCAUAGAGAACAUCUCAUUAACUACAUUAUAUUUUUGAGAAUAACACCAUUUCUGCCGAAUUGGUUUAUUAAUAUCACAUCCCCUGUGAUAAAUGUGCCAUUGAAAGUUUUUUUUAUUGGCACUUUUCUAGGUGUUGCACCUCCCUCUUUUGUAGCGAUUAAGGCAGGAACAACACUGUACCAGCUUACAACAGCAGGGGAAGCUGUUUCCUGGAACUCAGUAUUUGUUCUAAUGAUUUUGGCUCUUCUUUCUAUUCUGCCAGCCAUCUUCCAAAAAAAACUAAAGCAGAAAUUUGAGUGAGAAAUCAUCUGGGUUUCAGUUUUCCUAUCAUCAUCAUCAUCAUCAUCAUCAUCUCAGAAUUGGCAGGCUUAGGUGUUAAAAUCACCUCUUCAGUAAUUGAAAUGAGUUUGUAGAAUAAAAUUUCCUGUCACACAGUUAAAAUAAUUCAUGUAAGAGGUAAGGGAGAGAAGAAAGUAAAAGUGGAAAUUGAUAUAUUAUGAAAAGUACUGUCAGUAGUUAUGAUAGACAUGUUCUAAAUUACUACUCCAACGGUAGCUGUAGAUAAUCAGUAGCUGUGUAGUGGGAAAUUCUUGAUCCAACUGACUCAAUUUAAUAGUUUCAUGAACUGGCUAUCAUAUUUAUUCUUGACUUGAUAAUUUAAUAUUUUCCUCUCUUUUCCCUUAGUAAUAACUGAAAUAGGGAAAGCAAAUACAAAAUACAAAAGGAAAGAUUCUAGGUUUGUAAAAAUAGUAUUGCAGUUCUUGCUAAUGUUAGCCUUCUUCAAGAGCAUAAACUUGAAAACUAAAGCUCAAAAAGGAGAUUUACGUUUUCUUCCUUUUUUAACUUUGAGGUAAUGGAUUUGUUUAGAAGGUACAUCAGGUGGACUACUGAAUUUGGAAAGGAUAUCAAGCUGUAUCUGUUGUGUAAAUUUUAUUUUUGUUUAUUCCUGUUCUAGAUUAUCAUGGGUUAGUCUGAAAUUUAAAAUUCUGGCCAGUCUAUUUCCAUCUUUUUCUAGCUUUCACAGUAUUUCUACUGUGCAUAUAAAAAUGGCAAUUACAUGAUAAUUGUAUUAUAUUGGUGUUAAUGAUUUAUAUUCAGAUAAUAUUUUGUUACACAGUUCCCCUUUGCUAUCUCAAAAGGGGAUCAAAAACAAACAUUCAAAGUAUGCAGUUUUUAGAUGAUAGAUUAAUUAUAUUACUUUAUAUUUUGAAACGGAAGCAGUGGCAGCGCAACACUUAAGUGGUUAAAUAUAGUUUAUUUGUUUCAAUAACUGUAAAAUUUACCUCAUUUAUUUAUUGGUCUGGUCAUUAAAGUAUGUAUUAUGUAAUUAUCCUUUUUAUGCAUGAUAUAAGAAUGCCUUGUUUUGGGGUUUUUUGAUAGCUUUUUUGUUUGGGGCUGCUUUUGAUUAAUGCAGUUACCCAAUUUAGUGUGUUUACUUUUUAUAACUCCAAGUAAAAUUAAAUCCUUACAUGGUAACUACUCUAUUUAAAUGGUCCUGGAAAAGCUUAAACAGCUUUCUGCUGCUUGCUUAAUGGUAAUACCCUUGAUUUCCUGAUUCUAGGACAUAGCUGAUAUCUAAGGUACUUUGUCAGUUUUACCUUCACCCAAGACUGUCAUGUUGAAAAGUACUUUAGCUGUGGGAGAAAUCCUUGUAUGUUUUUAUUGUGAGAGGAAUGGUCAUCCUCAAAGCCUGUUUCUACUACAUAAUGUGGACUGAUUAUUUUUUCUAUCACAGUAUUAACAAAUGGAUUUAUUGUAAAUACAAAGAAAAUAUAUUAAUUAAUAUACUAUUCUUACGUCA